UCCCGAAGAACAUCGUCUCCACGUUUUUGGUUGAAAUUCUGCUUAUCAUUUAGUUUGUGCUCCUAAAUUUUGCAACUUAGCAUCAUGGUUAAGACAAGGAGUCAGCAGAAAAUAGGUUUUCCUAAACGAAAAGCAAAACCUGUAAGGAAAGUGAUCGAUGAUGAAUCGAAGACAAGAUCUUGUUGUAUCGCGAAGCUGACUCGUGCUUGUCGCGACAAGCCGAAAGGAGUCGAAAGUCUGAAUGAAUCCUGGUCGUCUUCUGCAAAGAAAUCAAUGUCGGCAAGCCAUGCUUCGGCUUUGCAAGAAUAUGAGAUAAUUGAGAUGCAAAAGGAAAAUUUGAAUGAACCAUGUCGGAAAACCCGACGAAUCUUGAGCUACAAAGAGAAUGAAGAUACCCAUUCCAAUAUCCAAGGAACCCUGACAAAAAAUAGAGAAUUGAGACAACAGCCAACAGCUAAUAAUGAGGUGCAAAAACCUAGUAGCAAGGGAACUACUAUGAAGGUUCCAGAUAUUGUUGUUCAUAGCCCAAUCAAAACUCGUUCCAAUGCCGUGUUAUCUCAGAGUUCGCCUUUGAAAUGCAGUCUAAGAUUAGAGCGCACAGUUCCAAAAAAGUUGACCUUGUGUAGAAGUGCUGGUCACCUAUCACCAAGUCAACUAACAACACCACAAAGAAAGAGAAGACAUUCUAGUAGUUCCGAUCAUGAAAAAACGUCAGUUCAAAAUAAAAAUACAGAAUUGCCUGCUGGAUCACCCCUUGCAAAUGAAAUCCCCAAAAGUCUUUCUGACACUUGCUUGGAAAAUGUUACUCCUAACAGACAGAUGUUAUGCUUGAAACGACAGGAAGUCAUUUCAUACAAGGAAACGAAAAAAGCCCUUCAUUCAUCAAUUCCAUCAAAUCUUCUUUGUCGAGAAACAGAAAUAAGACAAAUUGGAGUAUUUUUAAGAAGUCACCUUAUGCAUUGCAAGGCAGGCAGUCUGUACAUCUCAGGUGCUCCUGGCACAGGAAAAACUGCUUGUUUGACACACAUAUUAGAAAAUUUGCAGGAGGAUGGGGUGAAAUGCCAAGUCCAGUUCAUCAACUGUAUGAACUUGAGCAAGUCGCAUCGUAUUUACUCCAAAAUAGCAGAAGAACUAACUGGUUGGGAUAAGCUCACUAACAAUGAAGCGCAGAAGUUUUUAGAAAAGAAAUUUACUACCAAAGGAUUGCCAAUGGUUGUGGUGCUUGAUGAAAUGGACCAACUAGAAAGCAAAAAUCAGGAUGUACUCUACACAAUGUUUGAAUGGCCUUCGCUACCUUCAUCUCGACUAAUUCUUAUUGGAAUUGCCAAUGCCUUGGAUUUAACCGACAGAGUUUUGCCACGACUACAGUUAAGGCAAGAAUGUAAACCAAAGUUAUUACAUUUUUCGCCUUAUGCAAAGGAUCAGAUCGUGAAGAUUCUUACAGCGAGGUUAAGCGAGGUCGAAGGCUCGAAUAUUAUCGAUGUGAGCGCCAUUCAGUUUUGUGCUCGAAAAAUUGCUGCCGUCUCAGGUGACAUGCGUAAAGCACUUAACAUUUGCCGCAGAGCUGUUGAAAUGGUGGAAAGUGAAGUGAAGAAGCAACAGAUUUUAAAACCUAUCGAUCAACGUGCGUCGCCUAAAAAGCCUGGCCAGAAGAAAGUCACCAUAGCUCAUAUUUCGAAAGUAAUCUCAGAAGUCUAUGGCUCACGUAUUGUGAAUUCCUGCGGUGGUGAACAGCCCACGAUACCGUUACAGCAGAAAUUAUUGAUCUGUACCAUCCUACUGAUGCAAAAAGAGAGUAAACUACGAGAGAUUCCAGUUGGUCAGCUUCAUGAGACAUACUGCAAUAUCUGUAAGAAACGUCAAGUCUCACAAAUAAACCAAGAGGAUUGUUUAUCUCUUUGUAACUUGCUUGAAACAAGAGGAAUAAUCUCAAUGAAAAGGGCUAAGGAGACACGAAUGACUAAGGUAUCAUUGAAGAUUGAUGAACGUGAAGUUGAUCAUGCCCUUCAGGAUAAAAUUUUAAUGACAAGCAUCCUUCAGGGAGGAUUAUCUCCCGGCCGAUGACAGUCUUUUUUUAACGUGAGAGAUAUUUUUAAACCGUUCGCAAAACCGAACUAUAUACAACGCUAAUUUUUGAAAAAUGUUUUUCACACACACACCAUUUGCAUUCAUUGUAAUAUAGCUAUUACUAUUAGUAUUUUUAACUGUUUUGCGAUUAAAUCGUAAAAUAGGUUGAUAAGAUGAAACUAAAACAUUGGUUGUAAAUAUUUUAACAACGUCUUUUAAAAAUAGAAUCGUAGAUUGUUUAAUAGAUAACAAACUGUGAGUAUAUAGCCGUAUAGCUUUUAAUUUCUAAAAGUGGUUUUUUUUAUAAAUAAAGUUUAUUUU